AGGUGAAAACUCUGAAAACUUCUCCCGUUAGAAUAGUAUACGUAUUGUUGUCAAUCGCGUGUACGUAAGAUUUUUAAUGUGCAUUAAUUUACCGUUCAGCUUUUAUGUACAAUUUAACAAUUGAAUAAAUGGCCGAGCGUCGUUCAACCUUUUACGAGUCCCCAGAUAUAUUCCUAGUGUAUCUACGUUUACGUUUUAAAAAAAGAAAACUUUCUCUGCAAAUUCCGAGAAGUAUAUCGAACUGUUCGAUGUACUGCUCGGAAUUUGCAGGAGAAAGAAUAUUUUUUAAAUCGCAAACGCACAUACAACAGAAAUACUUAUAUUUGUUAAGAUUUAUCAUAGUAAUGCGUUGUAGCACAACGGAACGCACCCGGACUGUCACGCCAAAAACUCGGGUUCGAGUACCGUACACACGUACGUGAUAUUAUAGAUAUGGUACUGAUGUGCAGAGUACGCGUACACGCUCACCGUAACGGUAUUGUAGAAAUACAUAUUUGGCUAUCUGGGAUGAGUGAGCUGCGCCGUCGAGCGAAAAACAAUGCAGCCGAUCGAUAUGUCGACCAUUUGGAGGGAAGCUUGCAAAGUUCCCUCCAAAUUGCGGUGUAACACGGUGUCAAUAGGGGUCAGCUUUCCUCUACAAUCUACAUUAUAUUUACUGUCGAGGAAAUAAAUGCUACUUGUGCCCGUACAAAGAGCUGUCGUUCAUUGUCGCGCACGUAGAGAGACAACGGCAGGAAAUUAUAUUGUAGAGCAUUAUUUAAGCAUUACUAUUUAACAUGUUCGUAGCAAGGUCCUCACUUUAUACCCCCUCCCGUACUCCUAUAUACUUAUAACUCGAUCCCCAAGGGGGAUGAAAUGAAAUUCUCAAGUUGGUCGAUUGGACCAAGAGAGAGAGAGACGAGCUGUCUUUGAGAUAUAAUAUGGAGUCCAUCCCGAGCACGAGCUAUUAUUACGGCAUCGUGAAAACAGUGUCAUCGUUGGCUGGUCAGUGGCCGCAUCAAAAUCCAAAAUCCAAAACAAUCUAUUUGAGCCUCGCGACUCUGUGCCUGUCUUCUAUCUUCAUUCCACAGAUGGCUCAAUUCGUGAUAUGCGACAAGGACUUGCAAUGCAUAUUUCAAACCAUGGGAGCAUACAUGCUGGCGAUUAUAGCACUGGUGAAGCUGUAUACGUGUUACUUUAACCAAUAUAAAAUGAAAGCUCUGAUUGAUCGGCUGUUGGUCGAAUGGGACGAAUUGGAAACACCGGAAGAGUACGAGAUUAUGAAGAGAUAUGCUGAGAAUGGCAGGCGAUAUUCCUUAGGAUAUUCGUUAUACUGCUUCGUAUCCGCAUUUCUCUUUGUGUGUAUGUCUCUCGUACCACUACUACUGGAUGUCGUGUUACCUCUCAACGAAUCUCGCCCUGUACUGCCACCUACUCCGGGGCAUUACUUUGUCGACGAGAGAAAAUAUUUCGUCUACAUCUUCUUGCACGCCGUCGUGGCCUGGGAAAUUGCCGUGGCCGGAAUAGUGGCUCACGAUUGUCUACUCCUAACUUACAUCGAACACGCCUGCAGUAUUUUCGCACUAGUCGGGUAAAUGUAAUUAUGCGCGAUCGGCAAUGGCAAAUAUAUACACAUAUAUUAUAUUUGCAGAUUUCGGUUCGAACGAUUGACGUAUAAACGCAACGACACCGCCAACAUUUUACAAUCUCGUACGAGCGACGCGUAUUGCAAACAA